CGCAGCGGUAAUAAGUGUCAUAAAGAGACUUUGAUAUUCACGUAGGGGAAAACCUUUGGCACGAUCCAUUCCCAGCCAGACUGCCUCACACAGCAGACGCUUCAAGCCACUUAGACCUCCGAGAACAAUACAGUCAGCAGCGCAUUACACAAAGAAAAAAGAAAGAUUUGGAUCCGGACACAUCCCUGUCUACCAAAAGAUGAGACAGACGCACCAGCAGGGUUUUGACUGGAGAGCUGUCGGGGCAGUCGUGUAACUGCUGUGUGUACCGCGAGGAGAUGAGUUUGUUGGGUGUCAGUGCGCACUGUGAGUGUUCCCUUGGGGGCGCCGUGGAACUCUCUUGACUCUAGUCUGUGCCGGAGACGUGGGGGAGUAGCAACCCUCUCAUCUCCCUCCAGUUCAAGGGAUCACUGAAGUCCUGUAGACCAUGGUGUCCGUGGGCUGCUCCCAUCUGGAGGAGAUGUCCAAGAUGGGCACUGAUCUGCCUCGCACAGAGUUCUACAAGAUCACCCAAGCCCCCAUCAGCUUGUCAGAGAGCAGAGACUGCUGGUGCAUGGAAACUGAACCCAUUCUACCCGAGGACCGACUCUUCAGAGAGGGAGAGGAGGAGGAGGAAGGAUCGCCCAAUGCCCCUCAUGGGAUGCCCAGAGAACCACUGUUGGCCAUGACUCUGCAGAUCGUGUUACCGUUCUUGCUGGCUGGGUUUGGCACAGUGUCUGCUGGCAUAGCGCUGGAUGUGGUGCAGCAUUGGGAGGUCUUUAAGAAGAUCACUGAGAUUUUCAUCCUGGUUCCAGCUCUUCUAGGGCUCAAGGGGAACCUGGAAAUGACUCUGGCAUCCAGACUUUCUACUGCGGUGAAUGUUGGAAAAAUGGACUCCACCAGCGAGAAGUGGAACCUGAUCAUUGGGAACCUGGCGCUGAAACAGGUGCAAGCGGCCGUGGUGGGCUUCCUGGCCGCGGUGGCGGCUGUGAUUCUCGGAUGGAUCCCCAACGGAGGUUUCCAGCUGAGCCACGCGGUGCUGCUCUGCUCCAGCAGCGUGGCCACCGCAUUCACAGCAUCGCUGUUGCAAGGCAUCAUCAUGGUGGGAGUGAUUGUUGGCUCUAAGAGGAAGGGGAUCAAUCCAGACAAUGUGGCAACACCGAUCGCUGCCAGUUUUGGGGAUCUCAUCACUCUGGGCAUCCUGGCAUGGAUUAGCAAGGGUCUAUACAGCUGCUUGGACUCGCGCCCGUACGUCUCCGGCCUGGUGUGCGUCUCCCUGCUGUCCGUGACUCCUCUGUGCGUGGCCAUCGCCUCCAGACACCCGGCCAGUCGAGCGCUGCUCUAUUCAGGCUGGGAGCCCGUGAUCACAGCCAUGGUCAUCAGCAGUAUUGGGGGGCUCAUCUUGGACCACACGAUUUCGGAUCCCAACCUGGCUGGGAUUGUGGUAUAUGCACCUAUCAUGAAUGGUAUCGGUGGCAAUCUGGUCGCCAUCCAGUCUAGCCGCAUCUCCACAUACCUGCAUUUCCACAGCACACCUGGAGAGGUGCCUGAAGAGGCCAGAGGCUGCUACCAACCCUGGCGAACAUUCUGUGGAACAGGAGUCAAUCAACGCUCAGCCCAGGUGCUGCUCCUGUUGGUAGUUCCUGGUCAUGUGGUCUUCCUCUUUGUCAUCCACCUGAUGAAGAGUGGCCAUACUACCCUCUCGCCCAUCUUUAUGGGCGUCUAUCUCACUGUCGCCCUACUGCAGGUCUUCCUACUACUCUGCAUUGCAGAUUGGAUGGUCCACUUUAUAUGGAGCAAAGGGAAGGACCCGGACAGCUUCUCCAUCCCUUACCUGACUGCCCUGGGGGACCUGCUGGGAACUGCACUCUUGGCAGUGGGCUUCCGCAUCCUGUGGGUAUUGGGAGAUGGUGACAGCGAUGUUGGAGACUGAGGGAUAGUUACCUUCAGCUUGGUUUGAGCUGUGACCUCGUGCUCUGCUCCCUUUUGCUCUGUGUUUGAGGCACCGCUCAGUGACUAGCAGGGCAUGCCUUCCAAUGCCAGCAGCCCUGGAGGGAAAGAUGCCACCUGAAUAAUUUAACAUGCCGAAGAGAAGAGGCCUCAAAAGGUCACGGGAAAAAGGAUCUCAAAAGAUAUCUUCGCUUUCGGAAUUAAAGCCUACGAUCGAAACGAAACAACGAGGAAGACCUCGUGCGAAGAGGAGCUGCCUUUUCACUCUUCUGCAGUGCAGCCUUUCCGCUCCUUUUUAAAACCGAUCACUGUGCUUUCAAAAGGCACUUAUUCCAGAGAAUAUUUUAACAGUUGAGCCCCACAACCC